ACACACACACACACACACACACUCACACACACACUCACACACACAGAGACGUUUUUUGUUUUCUACUUUGGACAAUUUUUGACAUUUCGACUUCAAAUGAAAUGCGGUUUAGAAGGCUGUAAAGUGCAACUACUAAAAAAAUGUAUUGAUAAUAGUCAUAAUUAUAGUAAUACAAGUGAUAUUUAUUUUAUGGCUGUAUUUGCUCUGUGUAUCUUUGAUUCCAUCGUAUUGCUGUUUUCUCUGUAGUGUCCGUUGUGUGUCGUGACUCCGCCUCCCGUGUCUUGGCUUCAACUAGGUCCUGUAGAGGAGCAUAACAGGCGCGGACGGCGCUCUACCCUGUCACUGAUUGUAUUCUCGUUACGUGGGAAACAAAGUAGGCAGAAUGUCCGGUAGAGGAAAAGGUGGAAAAGGUCUCGGGAAAGGAGGCGCUAAGCGUCACCGCAAAGUGCUCCGCGAUAACAUCCAGGGUAUCACGAAGCCGGCUAUCCGCCGUUUGGCUCGCCGUGGCGGUGUCAAGCGUAUCUCGGGUCUGAUCUACGAGGAGACCCGCGGCGUGCUCAAGGUGUUCCUGGAGAACGUGAUCAGGGACGCCGUCACCUACACCGAGCACGCCAAGAGGAAGACCGUCACCGCCAUGGAUGUGGUUUACGCCCUGAAGCGUCAGGGACGAACCCUGUACGGCUUCGGAGGUUAAGCGCUCGACUCGAACAACGAU